AUGAGGGAGAAUGGGACCUGUGAAGCCGUUCUCUUCCUCCCGCUCAGUGUCGCGAGACUGGUUAGUCUGGCCGACUGUCGGUCAUUGCCGCACGUCACGAGCGGCCUGAACCCCAGCCUGGCGAAGAAUGACGAAUGCGAGGAGCGGCUGAGGGACGAGUGGGACGUUGAACCCCAGCGGACCCCGGAGACCACACGGUCGCCAGGAUCUGCUGCACGUACGGCGAGGGCGCAGAGGCCUCGGCGACAGACGCAGCUCGGGAGCGAGUUGCAAGACGAACGAACGGCUGCUUCGGUGGACGGGCUACUGGGCGACGUGGUGAGUGACGGACAGGAGAGCACUUGGCACUCCGAGUCUUCUGUGGACUGCGAAGUGAGGACGGGCACAGCGGUGGUGUACGUCCAAGUGGUUUAG